CUGCAAGAGGACAUUGCGUUGCUGAUGCCGUGGUGUCACCUCUGGGCAGAGCUGGCUGAGGACGAGGAGGAUGAGGAAGAGGAAGAAGUGGUGGAGAAUAAAGACCCGCCAAAAAAACUCAAAAAGAAGCUUCCUAAAGACCCUCCCUCAGGAGAGAGCCGGGAGAAGAAGCUGAAGCCGAAGGGAGACAAGAGUGACUCUGACAGCAAAGCCAAAUCUGCCAAAAGCGCCAAGAAGGAGCAAAUGUCCGUGUUUCAGGUGAAGAAGGAGAAGAAAAGCAAGAAGAAAGUCACCACCAGCAGUGAUGAGGAGGAUGAUUCUGACUCCAGCACCAAACCCAUCAGGUCAGAGAAGAAGAAAAACCCGGUGUCCCUCUUCCAGACUGGUGGGGACCCCCCCAAGGAGAAAAAACCCAAAAAGAAAGUUCCUCCCAAAGGGGCUGAGAGUGAGGAGGAGAUCCUGGAAACCCUGCAGAAAAACUCCAACAAGAAGGGGAAAGCAAAGAAAUCAAAGAAGCUGAAGGAGGAGAGGCCCCCAUCUCCUGUCAUUGAGGUGGACAACCUGGAGGAGUUUGUGCUGCAGCCAGCGCCGCAGGGGGUGACCAUCAAGUGCCGGGUGACACGGGACAAGAAGGGGAUGGACCGGGGGCUUUACCCCACUUAUUACCUUCAUUUGGAUAAUGACAAGAAGGUGUUCCUCCUUGCUGGGAGGAAGCGUAAGAAGAGUAAAACCUCCAACUACCUCAUCUCCAUCGACCCCACUGACCUGUCACGGGGGGGAGAGAACUUCAUCGGGAAGCUGAGAUCCAACCUGAUGGGUACGAGGUUCACAGUGUUCGACAAUGGUGCAAACCCCGACAGAGCCAAUGCUGACUGGUCCAAUGUGCGGCAGGAGCUUUCGGCCGUGGUCUAUGAGACCAAUGUUUUAGGCUUCAAAGGUCCCCGGAAGAUGACAGUCAUCAUCCCUGGGAUGAAUGCUGACGGUGAGAGGGUGCCCAUCCGUCCCCGAAACGAUAAUGACGGCCUCCUGAUGCGAUGGCAGAACAGAAACAUGGAUAAUGUAAUUGAGCUGCACAACAAGGCACCAGUGUGGAACGACGAGACCCAAUCCUAUGUCCUCAACUUCCAUGGCCGGGUCACCCAUGCCUCUGUCAAAAAUUUCCAGAUUGUUCAUGGCAGUGACCCCGACUACAUCGUGAUGCAGUUUGGGCGUGUGGCGGAUGACGCCUUCACCAUGGACUACAACUACCCUCUCUGUGCCGUGCAGGCCUUUGCCAUCGCCCUCUCCAGCUUCGACGGGAAGCUGGCCUGCGAGUAG